AUGCGCUACAAAUUGACACGACUCAGUGAACUUUUUCUAUCAUUCAUUGGUCGAGCAGAAGUUUUUUUCGAAAAUAAUCCUCAUUUUAAUUCUUUAUGUUCACAUGAUCGUUCUAUUUUACUUCAUAAUACAAUGAAAUAUGUAGGAGGUCUUGGUACAUGUUUUAUAAUACGUCAAACUGGCUUAUUAAAUGAUUUAACUAUAUUUAAAUCUGCUGAAAUUAUUUAUGGAUCUGGUAUAUUAGCUAACACGAUGCGUGUAAUUAGUCAACUUAAUUUUGAUAGUACAUUUUUCAAAUUAUUACUUGCAUUAGUUGUCUUCUCUACAUUUAAUUAUACAUAUUACACAAAUGUCGCUCCGAUCAAUCUCAAAGAUACUACAACAAUCUUACAUAUUCAAAACAUGUAUGCUGAAUUAGCAUGGCGAUAUUUGAUCUACAAAUAUGAUGAUGAACGAGCUGUUGUAUAUUUUUCUAAUUUUAUUAGAUGCCUUUUUUCUUUCCAUGAUGUUGUCAUUGAAGCAUUUGAAAUGAAACAUUGCAAAGAUAUGGUUAAAUCAGUUAUAGAACAAACUAAAAAGACAAUUGCACUAACAGAAUGA